UUUUUUUUUUUUUCGAAGUUGUCAGAUCACAGUCGCCUUCAGCGCAGUCAUGUCCAACAACAGCGCACGCAGUAAUAACUUGGUUAUUGCACAGAAAGCCGUAAAACAAUUGCGGUUUGAAGCCAGUGUCCAGAGGAUUAAGGUGUCUCAGGCGGCCGCAGAUCUGAAGACCUUCUGCCUCCAGAACGCAAACAAGGACCCUCUGCUCAUGGGCGUCCCCUCGGGCGACAACCCUUUCCGACCCCCCAAGUCCUGCUCCGUUUUCUGAGCUAAUGAGGAAUGAAGUCCAUGGAACACUUUUAGAAGACCUCUACUCUGCCCAACCUCCGCCUCACACUGCUCUUAUUGUUGGUUCACGGUUCAAUCCCAGAAUGCCAAGCACUGGGAGGCCAAACCCCCCAACAUCACCACCCCCCCCCCCACCCCCACAUUAGAACAGCUACCAUAUGGUCUUGCAAAAUGAAACUCUAACAUCUUGUUUAGUUUUCUUAUUUUAAGAAAUAACAUACAAAAAAAAACUAAACAAAGGAUCGUUCAAAGAGCUGGCAGAUUUGGACGUUUGUCUCAUCACCGAGGCCAGCCUUAAAGAUGAGUUCCCAUUCUCAUCACAGUGAUGCUGCCCAGUUCUGUGUUCAUGUCUGGAGGAUGUGUGCACCUGCAACUAAUUUCUAAUACAUUCUGUGUUGUUAGCGCUCAAAAUAUGACUUCAGGUGUAACAACUUCAGCUGUGAUCAGCUUCUUAUAAGAAUUAUGUGACUGGCAUUUAGCUGAAAACGAGCAAGGAUUCUGCAUCUAAAUCUAAAUUAAUGUUGCUGGCGAAUGCAAUCAAAGAGGUCCAAUUUUUGGAGUCUUAAUUAACACAGGAAGUCUUUUUUUGCCCUACUGUGUCAAGAGAACAGUGUGGUAAAAUAUAGUUCAUUUUUUUAUUAAUCAACUGAAUUGUCAUCUUGAAUUUAAAAUAGGCCCAAAUUACCAUCAAGGGAAUUUUACCUGAUCAGAACAUAAUGUGGAGUUCUGAAAAGCAGAAUCAUUGGCCAGUUUUAUGCCAUUGCACAUUCUGGUCCCUGAUAUUUCAAAAGUAUGAUAACUCAGUUCCAUUCGUAUUUCUUAUUGGAAUAGUGUCUGUAAAGAACCAUCCAUGUCGGUCACAAUGACACAAAGGGCCGCUGUGUUUCAUGCAGCAGGUCAAGUCUGAACUUCGCUCAGUCUAUGAAAAUGUUGGCAAAUGUGCGCACGUGUGUUGUUGCAUGUUAAUCCUUCCGCUGAACUUCCACAACUCACUACCAUUUUGUGAUUUUCAUGAGAAUGCACAAUUCCUGUUGGGAAGCCAUUAAAUAUGUCACAUC